AUUAUCGAAACUCAUUUCAAGUUCAGAUUAGAUUAAAUGGACACAACAUAAAAAUGAGAAAAUUGCAUAAAGUGUGUUUAGUAUACGGUAAUAGCUUCGUCGAUUGAACAGAAGCGAAAUGACUGGCUUACAUAAAAUUAUUUGUGAUACCUUUCCGGAAGUGGUACUCGAUUUGUUUUAUACAAUCCUGUUGUCAUCAAUUGUUUUGUACUUGACUAGCUAAAUGGAGUACAUCACCAAAGGAUGUUGUUAUUUUCCACACCACAGCUAGGGGCAAGUCAUGUCCAGUGAUUUCACCAUUUGCACUUAAGCUUGAAACAUUCUUUCGAAUGGCUAAAAUUCCCUACCAAUUUGACGACGAGUUUCCGUUCGGUUCAAAGGGUAAGACGCCCUGGAUAACUUUCAAUGGAAAACACAUUGCAGACUCACAGCUUAUUGUGGAAUUAUUGAAAAAAAAGUUUGAUGUAAGGCUGGGAAACUACAGUGACACAGAUCUCGCCUAUGGUCGAGCAGUUCGAAUGAUGAUUGAAGAACAUUUGUAUUGGGGUGGCGUUGUUUGGAGAUUUAAAUAUUGCGAUCGAAAAGUUCUUCGAGACAUGUACUCACCGUUAAUGGUAAAGAACUUUAAUUGGAUAAUUCGGCCGUUGGCUUGGCGAUCGAUUGUGUCUAGAUUUAAUGCCAUGGCAUGGGCACAAGGGAUCGGUCGUCAUUCAUACGAUGAAAUUGUGGAAAUGAUGCAUAGUUCAUGUGAAGCACUCUCGAUAAUACUUGGAAAUAAGAAAUUUCUUCUUGGUGACGAGCCCUGCGAAGAUGAUGCUGCAGUUUUCGGUCUACUAGCCCAAGCACUUUAUUCAUCGCCCGGUGCUCCCUUUCAUGCCAUGUUUGAAAAAUGCCCGAACAUCGUGCAAUACGUUGAGAGAAUGAAAAGUAUUUAUUGGCCGGACUGGAAUAAUUUGUUGACUACUGAUUAACUAACACUGAUUUGAUCAGCAUCGACAAUAAACAAUUUUAUUCAGAAGAUUUUCUC